ACACAUUUAGAUGUAAAGUCAUGUGCCAACGUGCCAACGUGUCAACAACUAGCUGUUAGGGCAAAUGUAUGGUAUCCAAAUUAUGGUACCUGACGUUAAUAACAUAAAUCAUGGAUGUAACGUUUCCAUCUGAAGUAUGGUUGGAGAUAUUCAAGUGGAUAGAACUGCCGAAAUUGAUGGAACUGAGGCUCGUGUGCCGACUUUUCUACCAUUUGAUAGAAGACAAUUUUAACAAAAACAAGGAGUGGAGAAGUUUGGCCUAUGAAACUCUGUACGAUGAUUGUUUUUAUACGACAAUGCGGCGGACUUUCCCCUAUCAUAUCGUGUCUGAGGAGGAUAAUCCGAUAUUGUGGCGUGGAACAUACUUGUCCUCCAAAAAGUGGAAGAAGGUCAUGCAAAAUAAGCAUAAGAAAAACUCAAUAAUUUUAGUGUCUUACAGCAAGAUUUCAUGUAUUAGGACUUUCGAUAGGUACAUAUCAAUUGCUUUAGACAAUGGCAUGAUAGAAAAUUACACUAUUGAUGACUUGGAAACGCCGUAUUAUUUAGCACAUCACAAUACCUAUAUCAAACAAAUUGUGUUUUGGUAUACCAAUGACGAAGUACUCAUCGUGACUGUUGGACAGGACAACAGUUUGAAGUUUUGGGAUCUUCAAAAUAAAAAAGAAAUAGUUACUACCGGUUUCUACGCCAAUUGGAUUAACUCUGGAGAAUGCCGGCAUUUUUGCAUCGGCGAAUGGGAUGGAAUUUUAACCUCUUAUGAGAAAAUCGACAACCAAAUAACAGCUGGUUCAAAACAUGAUUUACGUUCAAAUACAAACGAAAAAAUACUUGAUCUUACUAUCAACGAAAUAUCU